AUGGCUACUCCUGCACAAUGCUAUUUUUGCUUCGAAACGCUAGCAGCCUCUUUUGAUGGCGGUAAACCUCCAAAGCUCUCUGUAGUAGAAGAGUUAUGGACAGAUUUUGAAACUGCAAAGGCUCUUACUUUACGUGCAGCAGACAAUGAAGACUUGGAAGUGGGAGCUUCUGUUGAACCUCCUGUAGACACUAGUGGUCAAGAGCCGCAGGAUGAUAUGGACAAAGAACAACCAUUCUCGAGCACCUUACAGCCACCUAGUAUUCGCCGUCUUCAAAGCGCGGCUUCGUCGGGUUCCUCCAGUGUAUCGACCUCAACACCACCAGCACUGUCUACCAGUUCUUCUCGCUCCGCACUGACGAGCAAUACUUCUAUAUCUACUAGCCCUAGCCCUAAUACUUCAUCUAUCUUUUCUCCGCUCAAACCGAGUUACAGCGAGACCCUUCGGAGUACCCCUCCAGAUGCAUCAUACCCACUCUUUGUGACUUGGAACACAGUCUCCAGGAGUGGUUACAAGUCCCUCCGAGGCUGUAUUGGCACUUUUGAUGCCCAGGAGCUUAGCUCUGGUCUGAAAUCAUAUGCGUUGACAUCGGCAUUUGGAGACACUAGAUUUUCCCCGAUACCAUUACAGCUUCUUCCCUCACUUUCCUGCUCCCUUACUCUUCUCUCAAACUUUGAGACUUGUUCUCAUGCGCUUGACUGGGAGCUAGGGACGCAUGGGAUCCGCAUAUCGUUUGUUCACAGAGGCAGACGAUAUGGAGCCACCUAUCUUCCAGACGUUGCUGUCGACCAGGGGUGGACGAAGGAAGAGACCGUUGAGAGCCUAAUGAGAAAGGCUGGCUGGGAAGGAGCCUCGAGUGCUGGUAGUGUCACUCGUCGGUUCCUCCGGUCCGGGAGCUCGAGCGGUGGGAACCCAGACAGGCCCUGGGAAGCCAUGUCUGAAUUCAAGACUGUCAGAUACCAGGGUCUUAGAGCCAGUGCAUCAUAUUCCGAAUGGCAAGAGUGGAGAAAGUGGGUUGAAUCUUCUCCUGAACAUUUAGCUACCUUAGAGGCGUCACGUUAG